AAUGGUGAACGACUCUCACUCUCUAUACCACGUGUCCUAACGACCUCAGCUCCGGGCGCCAUCAACAUAGCCAUCCAGGACGACAACGUCACGAAGUCCUGGGAGGACUUCGACGGAACGCUGUGGCUGACGGAUGACGACUACGACUGCGGGGCGCUGAAGGAGGGGUCGACGGGGCAGGAGGUGGCGAUACUCAACUGCUACGAGCCCCUGUACACUGGUUACGUCUGCGAGGGCCUCUUCCCGCCGCUGUGAGGAGGAGGAGGAGGAGGAGGAGGAGGAGG